GCAGAAGAGGAAGGUCAAUAAAUUUGACGUGGGCUUUCACACCACGGUGAUACUGAACGGUUUGGAAAUUUGGUAUUGCUGCUCUUAAAGGCUUGUACCUCCCGUCGAACAGGUUCAUUGGCCUGCAGUUUAAUGUUAGGCAAGUCACGGACAAUCAUUGUGUAGCAUAGCACAAUAACCAUGGCUCCAUCUGCCAUGCCCACCAAUGGCGAAAGCUAUGAUCAUCCAUAUGCACGACUGGGAACGAACCUCAACGGCAAUGGUAACAGCAACGGCCACAGCAAUGGCAUACCAAACACCAACGGUGCUGCUCCCAAGAAUGCAGAGACAGUUCCCAUCGCAAUUGUGGGAAUGGGUUGUCGGUUACCUGGAGACGUGAAGGGCGCAGAGGAAUUCUGGGAAUUUUUAGCCCGUGCAAGGAGUGGAUGGUCCCCAAUACCAGAAUCGAGAUUUAAGCAUGCUGCUUUCCAUCACCCAAAUCCAGACAAAGAAGGCUGCUACAAUCCUGAGGGUGGUCAUUUCAUUGAUGAAGAUGUUGGCUUAUUCGAUGCGCCAUUCUUCAACAUAACGGAGAAGGAAGCGAUCUCUAUGGAUCCGCAGCAGAGACUACUUCUUGAAUGUACAUACGAGGCGCUGGAGAAUGCUGGCAUACCCAAAGAGAAGUUGGUGAAACAAAGUGUGGGUGUUUAUGUCGGAGGCUCUUUCGCAGAUUACGAGCUCCGGAAUUGUCGAGAUCUUGAUACCACUCCCGUAUUUCAAGCAACCGGCUGUGCGCAAUCACUCUUGGCGAAUAGGAUAUCAUACUUUUUCGAUUUUGCUGGACCCAGCUUUACGGUUGAUACGGCUUGCAGCUCUUCCUUGACCGCCCUGCAUUUGGCUUGUCAGAGUUUGAGGACUGGCGAAUCAACAUCAGCGAUUGUGGCAUCAUGCCAUCUGAAUAUUCUUCCAGAUUAUUUUGUGACGAUGUCUAUGUCCAGCCUUUUCUCAGAUACAGGAAGAUCAUUUGCAUUCGAUCAUCGAGGUACUGGGUUCGGCCGUGGAGAGGGAGUUGGCUGCGUUGUUCUGAAGCCUCUUGACGAGGCCAUCAAAGCUCGUGACUCGAUACGCGCUGUAAUUGUCGGUACCGGAGUCAAUCAAGAUGGCAGAACAAAAGGAAUUACGAUGCCGAGUGGAGAUGCUCAAGUCAAUUUGAUGAAGUCGGUCUAUGAGAAAGCCCACCUGGAUGCAACCCUCACAGGAUACGUCGAAGCGCACGGAACGGGAACAAAAGUCGGAGAUCCUAUCGAAGCUAAAGCUUUACAUGAAGUCUUUGGCAAAGGAAGGACUCCCAAGCAACCACUAUUCGUUGGCUCAGUUAAGUCAAACAUCGGACAUCUCGAGGGUGCUAGUGGAAUUGUUUCUGUCAUCAAGUCGGCGAUGAUGUUGCAGAAAGGCUUCAUUUUGCCCAAUUACAACUUUCAGAAGGGCAAUCCCAAGAUUCCAUUUGAGGAAUGGGGCUUGAAGGUUCCUACCACCCAACGACCAUGGCCCCGUGGCAAGAAAUACAUUUCCAUCAACAACUUCGGUUUCGGAGGUGGAAACGCUCACAUCGCACUCGAGAAGGCUCCUGCUGCUUCAAAAGGCCUCAUCGAAAGAACAAACGAUACACUAGCUACUGGUACGAAGUCAGCCCCAAAGAGAAUCUUCGUGCUGUCAGCAAACGAUAAACCUGCCCUGCAAGCUCAGAUGAAUGAUCUCACGGUCUACCUUGAGCAACGUCCUGAAGUUUUUCAAAACUCGUUGUUGCCAAAUUUGGCUUAUACUCUUGGACAAAGACGAUCUGUGCUUUCAUACAAGAUGGCUAUUCCAGCGAGGGCAUCUGCGGAGCUUAUUCCAGCUCUUGCUAGCUCAGACACAGUUCUAUCGCGGGCUACAAAGGAGCCCAGGAUCGGAUUCGUCUUCACUGGCCAGGGUGCCCAGUGGCAUGCAAUGGGACGAGAGCUGUUGGAUGCUUAUCCAGUUGUCGCAGCGACGAUGGAGAAAAUUGAUAGGUAUCUUUCUGAUAUCGGUGCCGAUUUCUCUAUGAUAGAUGAACUUUCUCGAGAUUCUGAAUCUUCGCGAGUCUCCGAGGCACAUAUCAGCCAGCCCGCAUGUACUGCGGUACAAUUGGCGCUGACUGAUCUGUUGAAGUCUUGGGGAAUCAAACCAGCUGCAGUAACAGGCCAUUCGAGUGGAGAAAUUGGAGCUGCCUAUGCUGCGGGUGCCUUGUCUCUGGAGUCCUGCGUUGCGAUUGCAUACUUCAGAGGUCAAUCAAUCAUCAGCUUGAAGCGAGGAUUUCCUGAGCUUAAGGGAGCAAUGAUGGCCGUAGGCGGCAGCGCUGAGGAGGUUCGCCCUAUGAUGAAGUUACUCAAGGAAGGCCGUGCUGUUGUGGCUUGCAUCAAUUCUCCUUCCAGCAUCACAGCUUCGGGAGACAAGGAUGCUAUCAAUGAGUUACAGAAAGUCAUCGAAGAGAAGCAGAUGUUCAACAGGAAACUCCGUGUUGACACGGCCUAUCACUCUCAUCAUAUGAACUUAGUCGCCGAAGAGUACCGAAACUCAAUCAAGAAUGUCAACCCUCAUCCUUCAACCACCACAACGUUUCAUUCAUCUCUCCUUGGACGACAGGUCGAGACAAGCGAAUUGGGACCAAAUUACUGGGUUGAGAACUUGACUUGUCCAGUCCGGUUUUCCGAGGCUCUUCAAAGCAUGUGCAAACCCAUUGACGGAAGCACAACUCCUGGCGUCGAUGUCCUCGUCGAGGUCGGACCUCAUGCCGCUCUUGAGGGACCGGUCAAGCAGAUUCUAAAAUUCCUUGGUGGCAACGCUACUAAGCUCCCAUAUGCUUCUGCUUUGCUCAGAAACAAGGACGCUGUUGAUACCACUGUGCAUCUGGCUGCCACUCUGUUCACAAAAGGUGCUCUUGUUGAUUUCGGAGCGAUCAAUUUUCCAUUUCCCGGUGUCAAAGCCCCUGAGCUCUUGACCAAUCUCCCAAAAUACCCUUGGAACCACUCUACGAAAUUCUGGCAUAGUUCGAGAAUAGCAGAGAAACAUACAGACAGACCAUUCGCUCGCAAUGAUCUGAUCGGCACGCUGGCUUCAUAUAGCAAUGACCUCGAGCCUACCUGGCGCAACAUUAUAAGGGCAGAUGAUAUGCCAUGGGUUCGUCACCACAAGAUGCAAUCAAUGUCCGUUUAUCCGAUGGCUGGAUACAUCGCAAUGGCAUUAGAAGCUGCAUCUCAACGAGCUGCUCUCCGCAACGUGGCUUUCGAUAAGUUCGAACUUCGAGAAGUGACGGUCAGCCGUCCUCUCGUUAUCAACGAAGGCAACGACAUUGAAACAAACAUCACACUCAGAUCUUUUGCAGAAGGAACAAGAACAUCAUCCGAUUCCUGGGAUGAGUUCCGUAUCUUCUCUUGGUCGAAAGACCGUAGCUGGAUUGAACAUUGCAGAGGUCUUAUCUCCGUCGUCAAAUCGGCUGACGGGAACAUCGUCGAUGGUGCUCAACAACUCCUCGACACUAAAGCAGAGCUGAUUUCUAAAAUGUCGUCUUUCAACGAAGCGUGCACGUCAGAAGUUAACACGCCGCUAAUGUACGAGACCCUGAGCGAAGCAGGAGCAGGGUACGGCCCCAGCUUCCAAGGACUAGAGAACUGCCGCGCAAGCGACAACCACGCUGUAGCAGAUCUCAUCAUCCCAGAUACCGCAUCCCUCAUGCCAAAACACUACGAACCAGACUUCAUCAUCCAUCCAGCUUUCCUGGAUCAGUUCAUUCAAAUUGUCUGGCCGAUCUUUGGUGCUGGUUGGAAGGGACUUAAUGUUCUUUACAUGCCGUCUUUCAUCCAAAGUAUGUCUUUGUCCACAGGGAUUACUCGCAAAGCUGGCGAUCGGAUGAAGGUUUUUGGUACGGGAAAGCCAACACCAGCGCAUCCUAUUCCCACCAAGUUGAGCUUGUUCGCUACUUCGUUUGAGUCUGGAGAUGAAGCACUCAUUUCUAUGAGUGAUUUGGUCAUGACGCCUGUGUUUGCUGGAAGUGACGCUUCGAGCUCCGCUGCGAAUAGGGAGUUGUGUUAUAAACUGCAGUGGGAGCCGGUACAUGCUGAGCAUCAGGCAAAUGGUGUUGAGGAACAUGAUGCGCAUAUCAAUGGCAUCAAUGGCGUCAAUGGUACGAAUGAAACCAACGGCGUCAAUGGCUCACAUGCCACAAACGGCACGAAUGGCGUUAAUGGGACCAAUGGGACGACUACGCCUAAAUUUGAGACUGAGGUUGUCAUUAUCGGCGACGAGACAUCUCAGUCGUCCCUAAUAUCAAGCGUCAAGGACCUCAUCACCGACUUCACUCACUCAUCCCCAACACAAGGAUCACUUGGUAGUGUUGCAACAGAUGGCAAAAUAUGUGUCGUCUUGUCCGAACUCGAUCGCCCUGUCGUCUCAAGCCUGAACUCAGAUGACUUCCAAGCAGUUAAGAAGAUGCUGACCGGAGCUGCUGGUGUCCUCUGGGCUGUACGAGGAGCCUAUACCGAUUCUUCCAAGCCAGAUGCAGAGAUGGUCAUUGGCAUGGCACGAAGUGUGCGCUCAGAGACUCUCCUCAAAUUCGCCACGCUCGAUCUUGGCACUACGCCUCAGCUGUCCAACACUGGCACCGCAGAUAAGAUCUUGGAGGUUUUUAAGUCUUCAUUCUCUCCCGAUGCACCAACCAUUGGUGGAGAUAUGGAAUUCCAGGAACGCGAAGGAAAACUUCUUGUCCCACGAGUCGUCGAGGAUCUGGAUAUGAACAAAUUCGUUCAUCAAGAGACUCAGCCUGUUGCUGCUCCUGAUCUCCAGCCUUUCCACCAAACAGGUCGUCCUCUCAAAAUCGCUAUCGAGACGCCAGGAGCUCUAGACACUCUUUACUUCACUGAUGAUCUCGCUGUCGGCACCCCGCUUCCUGACUACGAAGUCGAGAUAGAAGUGAAAGCUACUAGUAUGAACUUCAAAGAUAUCAUGAUUUCCAUGGGUCAGCUGCCAAGCAAGUACAUCGGCGUAGAAUGUGCUGGUAUCAUCAGUGCCAUUGGAAGCAAGGUGACGGAUCUCCAAGUAGGUGAUCGAGUCUGCGCCAUGUCUGAAGGCGCUUACAGCACCUACACUCGAUGUCUUGGCACCAGCGCGCAAAAGAUCUCGGACUCCAUGUCAUUUGAAGAUGCAUCCACCAUCCCAGUCAUCUAUUGCACAGCAUAUUACUCACUCUUCGACCUUGGGCGUCUGACUAAGGGAGAGACGGUGCUCAUCCAUGCCGCGGCAGGAGGCGUUGGUCAAGCCGCUAUCAUCCUGUCACAGAUGAUCGGGGCAGAGAUCUUUGCUACAGUUGGAAGUGUGGCUAAGAAGGAAUUCCUGAUGAGCAAGUAUCAGAUUCCUGAAGAUCACAUCUUCUACAGCCGAAACACCUCAUUCGCAAAAGCUAUCAAGCGCGCAACGAAUGGGCAAGGCGUCGAUGUUGUUCUCAACUCACUCGCUAGCGACGCCUUGAGAGAAACAUGGGACAGCCUCGCUCACUUCGGUCGCUUCAUCGAGAUCGGCAAGCGAGACAUCACGGGCAACACUCGUCUUGAGAUGGCGAGAUUUGAGCACAACGCCAUGUUUGCUUCUGUGGAUCUGACAGUCGUUGCUGCUGAGCGGCCUAAGAUCAUGAAGAGGCUUCUUUCAGAUGUAUUUGAUCUCAUGGGUAAAGGACUUGUGCGACCCAUCUCCCCGAUCACGACAUUCCCUAUCUCUGAUGUGGAGACGGCGUUCCGUACCCUUCAAGGCGGAAAGAUUAUGGGCAAGAUCGUCAUCGUGCCCCAUGCGGAAGAUCAAGUAAAGGCUGUUCCGAGAAAGACUCCAAACAAUCUGCUUGCGGCUGAUGCGACGUAUGUGAUCAUCGGUGGAACCGGUGGUCUGGGUCGCAGCAUGAGCAGAUGGAUGAUCUCCAAAGGAGCUCGAAACAUCGUGCUCCUCUCUCGCAGCGGCAGCGCCACUGGAAAGGUAGCAGAACUCAUCGAGGAAGCGAAGAGCGUUGAAGCAAACAUCGUCGUCAAGUCUUGCGAUGUAGCAAACUUAUCUCAAGUCGAGAAACUCAUCAAAGAGGAUCUUGCUUCCUUACCUCCAAUCAAGGGCGUUAUCCACGCUGCUAUGGUUCUACACGACGUUCUCUUCGAGAAAAUGACCCACGAUCAAUGGACCUCCGUAGUUCAACCCAAGGUCGCCGGAGCCUGGAACUUCCACAACACGCUCCUCUCCACCUCCCAAUCACUAGAUUUCUUCAUCCUCCUCUCCUCCGCCGCCGGCGCAGUCGGAAACCGCGGUCAAGCAGCCUACGCAGCGGCAAACUGCUUCCUAAACGCCUUCGCCCAGUACAGACACACGCUCGGCCUACCCGCAUCUUCCAUCGACCUGACAGCCGUCAGCGACGCCGGCUACCUCGUCGAAAGCGGCGGCGAGCGACAGAAAGAAGUCAUGGAGAAUCUCGGCAGCGAGAGUAUAUCCGAGAAAGAAGUCCUAGCCUUGAUCGGAGCUGCUAUCACGGGCAAGAUGGGCGAUAGUGCGAACGGACACUGUAUCACAGGUCUGAAGAUCGCGCCGGAGAAAAUGAACGACAUAUUCUGGAUCUCUGAUGCGAAAUUCACGCACCUGCGUGAGGCGGCGGAGAAAGAAGCCUCUUCUCUCACCUCUGCUUCUGCUUCAGCCAAUAUCUCCAUCUCCGCAGCGCUCAAAGCCUGUUCAUCGCGCGCAGUGGCCAUCGAUCUCAUCACCGAGGCGCUGCUGUCGAAGAUCAGCGCCGUGUUGAUGGUGCCGAGGGAGGAGAUGGAUGCUAGUAAGCCGAUUGUGGUGUAUGGCCUCGAUAGUCUUGUUGCGAUUGAGAUCCGGAAUUGGAUUACGAGGGAGCUGGAGGCGAGUUUGCAGGUUUUGGAACUUUUGACGAGUGGUAGCUUUACUGCGUUGGCGGAGACGGUCUUGGGGAAGAGUAAGCUGGGAGUGAAGUUUUUGGAGAUCAAUGGGGUUGUGGAGGAGAAGUAGGGUUGAAGGUUUUGAAGGGUUUUUUGGUUGUUUUAUACCUCUGGGAUGAAUUUUGGGUUUCUUUUGUCAACUGCUUAGCUUG